GAAAAGCGUCAUCCACCCAAGAUCUGAAUCCAACCAGUCAGCAAGGCACUCCAUAUCAUCUGACAAAUCACUCCCACCAAUCAACUCUACAUCCCCGGCCCAUGUUGGUCGUGAAGGCUUGAUGGACGACGACAUUGAGAAAAGGGUGCUAGUCAACAAAGAUGGCAGCUUGUCAAUGGAAAUGAAAGUGCGUUUCCGACUACUGAACGACGAGACCCUACAUUGGUCCACAGAAAUAAAGAAGUCGGUAGGAACGACCAACGAAUACCUCCAAGGAUACCACGACAACUGCUUUGUUCAGCAAGGUAGUGUGGAAAGCUGUUCAGAGACGGAGCUCCUUUACACAGGCGAGGCUGACGAUGCCUACAUCACCAAACUGCACCAGAAGCAUCUGGACGUCCCUCACUGUCAGCACUGCUGUGGCCACUGCCAGGACUAUGAGAUCAGGAAGACCCAUAUUUCGGGGGGGCAGAGGACUGUCCGCCACGUCACCUCCUCCAGCUCCAGUGCCUCCUCACACACCAUUGUCCAUAAAAAAGGUUCGGUGGAGACCAUGUCCAGUGAGGAGAUCACCGAGUACAUGGUGGAGAAGGCUGCUUGCUUCCAACAGACUGUGGAGGAAGGGGGCGACACCACUGUGGAGUACUGCACCAUCAGCCGCGGCUGCAGCAGGAGCGAGAUGAGCUUGACUACGACGUCCGGCAAGUGUAAGAGUAGGGCUUCCACCCAGGAAAAGAGCGAGAUCCUUGGCAAGAGCGAGAGCAUUGACAUUACAACCCAGGCAUCGGAUAACGACGAGGCUAUGGCUGAUAGUUCUUCCUCAGCUCCUUCUAAGGAGUCUCAGAGCGAGGUUAGCGUCAAGAUCACUGAUGCGGAGGAAGACGAGCGGCCUGUGUCUGCUGUUAGUCUUUCCUCUCAGAUCCUGGCAUCGCUCAGGGAAGACCAGGAUGAUGAGGACGACGACCUUCCACCAAGUGCUUCGAGAGCAUGUUCGUGUUCCCAGAAUAGUAACGCCGAAGAGGAGGAAGAGGAGGAGCCCACCAGAAGUGUUGUUUUGAACACAGCAGCAACACCAAUGCAACAUUUAUCUCCCAGGCCUCCUAGUAGUAAGAUAUCUUCUGUACACUCUAAGUCAGUUGGGGCUCUGUCUCGGGCACCAGCAAAUGGACAAGAUGACCAAAAAUCAAACAACUGUAAAUGUGAAGCAUCUGAUGUAGCUGGAGAUUCUACGGACGCUGAUGACGGAAAUGCUAAGACUGCAGUUGAAAAGGAAACAGGUCAAGAAGGGAUCCCUUCAGGGAUCACUGAAACCAAACACACCAAACCAGAGGAGAGGGCAAUGAGCUCACUGUCUGUCAAAUCAAAUGUCUCUACCAGAUCCAAGAGGUCCAAAAUUGGGGAUUCAGGAGUUCAGGAGGAGAAGGGAGAGUGGUCAUCAAAACCUGAGAGAGCACCCAGUGCUAUGUCUGCUAAGUACAAUAUGUCAGCAAGACACAAGAAAUACGACUUUUCAGAUGAUCCUGCUGCAGAGGAGGAGCGAGCAGCUAGUACGAUGUCAGCUAAGUCAGCCAUGUCAAAUGCUUCAGCUAGAUCUAUAACAUCUAAAGCUUCUGGAUUUCCAGCUGAGGAAAAUGCAGAAGAGGUAGAAGAAACUGAAGUGAGUGCACCGAGCGCUAAUAUCUCUGCAAGAUCCAGGAAGUCAACAGUGUCUGAAGUCCCUGCUGAAAAAAAGGAUCAAACCGAGAGAACAGCUAGAGCUAUAUCUGCUAAGUCCAAUGUCUCUGCAAAAUCUGGGAAAUCCACAUUUUCUGAAGCUUCUACUGAGGAAACAGCAGCCUCAAAAGAGAAAACGAAGGAGAGAGCACCGAGCGCUAUGUCUGCGAAAUCAAAUAUCUCAGAAAGAUCUAAGAAACCUGACCAUGGAACAGAGGAGCGAGCAUCCAGUACUCUAUCAGCUAAGUCACAUGUAUCUGUAAGAUCAAGGAAGUCCAAAGUUUCUGAAGUUGCUGCCGAAGAAAAGGCUGCAGAGCAGGUAGAGGAACAUGUGGAAAAAGCAACAAGUGCUGUGUCGGCUGAGUCUCCAAGAUCAGCCGGAACCCACACAUCUGCCAAGUCCCACGCAUCACACAGAACCCAUGCAUCAGACAGGACCCACACAUCAGACACAUGUAUUUUUUGUAACUCCAGACCCGAAGAUAGCAUAACUGCUGAAGUGACUGAGAGACCUAAAAGCAAGAUGUCCAAUGUGUCGUCCCACCUGCAAGUGAAAGGACAAAAAGACAAAAACAAUACGGAUGACGCCAAAAGCGACAAAGGGAGUGAUAUUUCAACGAAGACAAACAGAUCAAAGACUGCCAUUAGAGAUCAUGUAGACACUCCCAGACCUAACUCUAUUGCGUCAGAGGUUCAUCUCACUCCUACUCUACCACACUGCCCUCCAACCCCUAGAAAAAUUAAACAACCUGUUAUUCUACUUGGUUUUUCGAGUGACAGUAACAAGUUACACACAGCUGUUCCUCGGAAGGAGAGCUCUAACAUCUUAUGUGAUGGUCCCUCAGAAGCGAUAGACAGGAAUGUCAGUGACAACAAAAGUGACAAGAGCGGCAAACACAGGAAAGGGGUUUCCUCUCGCAGUUCCUCCCUACAGCGGCUGGAAGGAGAUGUCUCUGAGCUGGUUCCCUCCAAUCUACCAAACGCCUCUCCAACAGAGGUGGUGAAUGAGUGGCUUAAGAAAAUACCAUCUGACAGUGCGAUGUACGACAUUGGGGACGAAUUCAGUGACAGAGGCCAUUCACCGGAGCUGGCACCAAAGGAAAAAACGAAUGGGACGGAGGAGAACGACGUCACCUCUGUGUGUGAGACUCAAAAAGAAAAGGAAGAAAAGGAAGAGCCUAAAGAGACAGCAGCCAACCAUACAUACCAGACAGCGUGUGUGGCUGAUGGUGAGGAGCCAGCAGAGACCCCACCUGAGACCCCACCAGAGACCCCACCUGAGACCCCACCAGAGACCCCACCUGAGACCCCACCAGAGGGCACCGCUCCACAGGAGGACGUAUCAAAGAGCUUUCACUCCUCAGUGCAGGUGAUGAAAGUACUGUUGAGUCCCAAGCUUGACCGGUGUCACAGUUUACCUGAAUUUUCGCCAGUGUACGGACGUAAACUGAGCACCUCAGCCAGAGGUCUCCUGGAUUGCCUCGCAAAGCUACAGUUGAUAGACUUUGAUCCCAACGACGAUGCAAAUGCCAAGGACACAAGGUACAGAGAGCUAAUGAACAUCCUCCAGUCCCUCUGGUUGUGUGACCCAGCAGAAGGUGGAAAGCAACAGCAGAAUGGCUGUGAUCAACACUCUGUGGACGGUGACACCAAAGCACGGUCCUCCUCUGGGGUGGACGUCAGCAGUGGCUCAACAGGCUCAGGUGGUUUGGCUCAGGCACCGAACGCAGAGGGGGAAGCAUUGCUGAGGGCACAAGAAGUUGACAAAACUGCAGAGGAACAGGAAAGCCCAGAGUCCUCAAUCCCUAUGUCUGAUCCAGCCAGCCCGUACGUAGCCAGUCAGGUCCAAUGGACCACAGAGGAAGGAGGAACAGCAGUGGAGAAAGAGAAACAAAAAGAUGAAGACAUCCCAGCGUCUGAUGACACCAUUAGAAAUGAAAGUGUGAGAGAAUUACCAGAAACACCCCCGUCUUCCAACAAAAGCUCAGACCCUCGAGAGGACACAACCUCUGGCUCUCCUCCAUCUGUCCAAAGGGCACAACUAGCCAAAAAAGUUUCCCUAGAUCCUGAUCCUGUCUGGGUCUUGAAGUUACUGAACAAACUAGAGAAGCAGUUCAUGACACAUUAUGUGGAUGCCAUGGCAGAGUUCAAGGUUCGCUGGAAUUUGGAUGACAGCGAACAUCUCGAUGCCAUGAUAGCCGAACUGAAAGACGAUGUGCAUAGCAGGAUACAAUUAAGCAUUGACAGAGAACUAAGGAAGAUCCACGAUCGAGGUGGAAGACCAAGGCCACCCAAAGAAGAAUUGUCACGAGAAUCAGGUGCGCAAACUGAGACGAGGAGAAGAAGACUGAAGCUCAACCAGUCUAUUGAUUACCGAGAGGAGAAAAGCGACGAUGCAACCGGCACUUCUUUCAGCGACCAACGGAGUGAUGAUGAAUAUUGCCCUUGUGAGACAUGUAUAAAAAAGAAACUAGAAUUAGGACCAGUGCUUCCUGCAGAAGUUUUGCACAUUGCUCCAGUCAUGAUGGCUUUUGAUCUAAAGUCAAUCCUCCAGUUGAAAAAGAACCCUACUCCAAUGACACAAGCAGUUGAUGCAACCGACGACACUGAAACUACGGAUGAAACCACAGUAGUGAAAACUAGUAUUAUACAUGCAUUUGAUUUAAAGUCAAUUCUCCAGUUGAAAAAGGACAAUCCUCCACAGAUACAAGAAGAAGUCGAUGUUACAGAUGAGACUGGAGGUGUAGAUGAAGCAAAAGCAGCGGAAACUCUUGUUGGAAACGUUAUCAACGGGGCUAAGAAAGAGGCGGAUGAAUCACAAGAACAGGAGGAUGAUGAACAGGAUGAUGAAAUGGCUGAUGAAGCUGAGGCAGCAGUAGAAGAGACAGCUAAAGAUGAAGCAGGAGAAGAAGAGGAAGCUGAUAUUGCUGAAGAUGAAGAAACUGUUGACGCAGAAACUCCAGAAGAUGAAGCAGUAGAAGAAGAGGAGGAAGCUAAAGCAGAAACAGCAGAAGCUGAGACAGUAGAAGAGGAUGCAGGAGAAGAAGAAACUUCUGAAGCAGGGACAGCAGCUGAUGACGAAACAGCAGGAGAAGAAGAAGAGACAGCUCAAGAUGAAACUACAGGAGAGGAGACAGCUGACGACGAAUCAGCAGGAGAGGAAGAGAGUGCUGAAGCUGAGACAGCUGAGGGAGAAGAGCAGACAGCCAGAGAUGAAACAGGAGAAGAUGAGACUGAAAACGCAGGAGAAGAGUCGGCAGAACCUGUAACAGCAGACGAAGAAGAGACUGCCGAAGCAGAGGCAGCUGAAGAUGAAGGAGCUGAAGCUGAAGCUGAGGAGGAUGUAGAAAAAGAGGAAGCUGAAAAAGAAAUGAAAAUAGAGCCAGAAGUUGAGUCAAACAUCGAGGAGACAGCUAUCAGGAAAGACAACGUGGAGGAAACUCCAGUGACCUCAUUCAAUGCCUUUGCCAGAGCAGAAUACUCUGAAGACGGUGCUUACUCCGACGAUGAGGAUUCAGAGACUGAACGAAACAAUGAGGAGUCAGAGGCCCAAGAGGACAAAGCAGAAGCAGAGGCUGAGCUUCAGGUUGAGGAGACUACUGUUGAGGAGGAAGUGGAGGAAGGGGAGGAGGAGCAAGAAGAAGCUGAGGAGGAGCAGGCAGAAGUUGAGGAGGAGGCGGAGGUGGAAGAGGAAGCUGAAGAGGAGCACGACGUUGAGGAUACCCCAGUUGAAGAGACUCCAGUUGAGGAGCUGAAGGAGAAAGGGGAGGAGGAAGCUGAAGUGGAAGUUGAGGAGGAUCAGACAGAAGCUGAGGAGGAACAGGAGGAAGAUGAGGAUACGGCUGAAAACUAUGCUGCUCCUGAGGAAGAGCCAGCCGAUGAGGUGGAUGAUGUCACAAGCAAAGGACAGUCUGAAGACGACGGUGAUGGCAAUGGACCUUCUGGGACAUCUGAGACGAGCCUACAUAGCCAGCCAACCAAAUCUUCCAUGGAAUCCCAACCAGGCUCGCUGGACGAAAUCCUGGAUGAAGAGGCAGAGAGAGAGUACAACAGCGAGAAGAGUUCACAGACAGGGUCGGAGAUAGGCUCGGGCCACCGUCUCUCUGUGAAGAGAAGGCAGAUGUACCUCAUGGAAAAAGAGAACGAGAGCAGAGUGUCAGAAGUCACAGAGUCAGCCAGCGAGGUUCUCGAGCGACAAGUCGUCUCCCCAAAGAAGAAGACUCCAAAGAAGUCUCCGGCAAGAUCUGUCAAGUCAAGCAAGGCCAAAGAGAGUGAUAUUGAUCAAGACGAUCUUGAUUUCUAAAACUCCCCUAUUCAAACUUAAUUUACGGUAUUUUGCUUGUGAAAAGAAAAUUGGCCAAUGUUUAAAUACCCCCCAAUUUUUACCACAUUCUUGCCUGCAUAUGCCUUUUAUACCUCCUGUGUGCAAUGCCGGUGAUGAGUGGUAGUAGUGGUGUGCAGACGUGGUUAUUUUGAUUAAAUCCAUUGAAUAUACACCAUCAAAAACAAAUCCAUUAUUCAUUCGUUCAGGUACUAAGAAAUAUCAUACGAUUAAUAACAUUUAAAAAAAAGAAUAGAAUAGCAUAUUUUGAGUUGAAUUACCUCCAAAUGAAUGAAAUCAAUAGUUAAUUAUUUUGUUAAUUAAAGACACACGUACCUGAUCACAGUCAACACACACACAUCUUAUGGUGAGAAUGUAAUGGAAUAUAACAGAAUCAAAUAAUAAUAAUAUUUACCCCCACACAACUUGAGUCGUGGGUAAAAUAAGUGAUAUUUUGUUCCACGCCUCUUUCCUACCCUCACUCCACGUUGUUAGGGGGCGUAGGGGCUUACCUUGAGAGUAUCUGCAUCAAGAUACCAAUAGAAAAUAAUAGCAUACCUAUUUUCAAAAGCAAUGUGAGUCUCAUGUUCAUAUUUCACAACUCUAAAAGUGUACAGGCUUUAGGCGAUCGAGCAAGGUAACAGGUCUACUCUUGAUUUAGGCGACAUUAUUAGAUGCUAAAUGUAGAUCGGGUAUAGAUGAGCUAUAUCUCCACUUAUUUGCCCAGCCAGAGAAUCAACCAGAUCACAUUGAUCGAUACAAGUCAGUGAAGUAACAGGCUUUUGUUUGGGUGUAAGGCUACUAGGGGCCUAGAGUGAGGAGCAAAAUAAUCCACUUGAUAAACUACAUAUCCUGAAUAACAUGCUGGCAGAAUGUUCCGAUAAAUCAGCCAACUAGACUGAAUGUUCUGAUAAAUCAGCCGACUAGACUAAAUGUCCUGAUCAGGCCUAAUAAAUCAACCAACUAGACUAAAUGUUCUGAUAAAUCAGCCGACUAGACUAAAUGUUCUGAUAAAUCAGCCAACUAGACUAAAUGUUCUGAUAAAUCAGCCAACUAGACUAAAUGUUCUGAUAAAUCAACCAACUAGACUAAAUGUUCUGAUAAAUCAGUCAACUAGACUAAAUGUUCUGAUGAGGCCUAAUAAAUUAGCAAACUAGACUAAAUGUUCUGAUAAAUCAGUUAACUAGACUAAAUGUUCGGAUAAAUCAGCCAACUAGACUAAAUGUUCGGAUAAAUCAGCCAACUAGACUAAAUGUUCGGAUAAAUCAGCCAACUAGACUAAAUGUUCUGAUAAAUCAGCCAACUAGACUAAAUGUUCUGAUAAAUCAACCAACUAGACUAAAUGUUCUGAUAAAUCAGUCAACUAGACUAAAUGUUCUGAUGAGGCCUAAUAAAUUAUCAAACUAGACUAAAUGUUCUGAUAAAUCAGUCAACUAGACUAAAUGUUCGGAUAAAUCAGCCAACUAGACUAAAUGUUCUGAUAAAUCAGCCAACUAGACUAAAUGUUCUGAUAAAUCAGCCAACUAGACUAAAUGUUCUGAUAAAUCAGCCAACUAGACUAAAUGUUCUGAUAAAUCAGUCAACUAGACUAAAUGUCCUAAUAAAUCAGUCAACUAGACUAAAUGUUCUGAAAAAUCAGCCAACAAGACUAAAUGUUCUGAUAAAUCAGUCAAAUAGACUAGAGGAUCAUGAGCAUCACUCACCUCAAUUUAGCUAACAUUUUCCAGCCUAAUUGUAGCCUAACCAAUAUCCAAACGGAGAUUCCGUGAAAACACAAAUCUGACAUUGACUGAUUUAUCAAGACGAGUCCCAACGCAUGUCUCAAAGCAAUGCGUUGGCACUGUCCCAAUCAAAACGGUGCUGGAAUUAAAGUGCAUUCGAAUGUGAGUUACUAGAUACAGUACAUUCUGAUGUAUUCUGACCCCUUGACUUUUUUCCACAUUUUGUUACAUUACAGCCUUA